AUGUCUCCGGUGUUUGCGCCGCUUUCCACGGAAGGGGGUCACGCAAGAAAUCAAGCCGCCGCUGGAGCUUUUUGCCGGAUGCUCGCGAGAUUUUUGCCGCCGCUGUCCAUCGAUGAAGAAGCAGCACACCGUCGAGUCCACUGCGCGGCAAAGAAAUUAAGACAAUGGCGAUGCCGGAACAAUGGCGGACGCCGCGCAUUCCAGAGAAAUUUGGUAAUUUCGUUUGAACAUUUCGUCUAAUUAUUUUUGCGCGUUGACGCAGGCGGCAAGUUCUUACGGCAGCUUUAACGAUACGUUUCUCUCACAGUUUUGUGCCGUUAGCCCGAAAAGAUCUACGUUGGUUUCUCCUACGUUGAACUUUGAGCAAUUACUAAAUAGUAAUGCUAAUCGUUAAUCAAUUGAUCACUGCUAAAACAAGCCGGUAAUCUCGGAUUAAUAUUUGUAAUUUGUAAUUAUUGAUUUAAGUGAUUUUUCAAUCACUAGGAUUCCAGGAUUAACCCAUAUUUUAUUAAAAUCUGUAACUUUGUUGUGUCAUUCGAUGUAACUGAAUAUUAUUAUCUUAUAGUUUGAGUGA